AACCCAACUCCUUUCGUACUAGCUAGCUAGCCUGGCGUGCUUGUGUGGUUUGUCUGCGUGCACUCAAUACUCACAACCUCACAAGACAAACAACACCGUUACUGUGAGCGAUUGAAACAUUGACACACACAGAAAAUCUCUUCUUACUCAGAAGAGGCCAAAAACUCAUUCACAGGAAGAAGAAAGAAGCUCCUCUUUCUUCUCUUUUCCGCAAAGCAAUGCCUGUGAUCCCCAGAAUUCAAUGCUUUCUUUCUUCUUCUCACUGAUUUUCACAUUUCACAAAAAGAACUAGCAUUUGCAUGGAGAGGAAGGCUUUGAAUUCCCGGUGAAGUUUUUCUUUUUAUUUGCGAAAAAUUAGAAGAAGAAAAGAGAGAGUUCGAAAAAAGGUAAGGUAGGAUUUAGGUUGCCUGAGUGGUGAAAAUGGCAACGUGGGAGCAUCUUGGGGAGGUGGCAAAUGUGGUCCAGCUGACGGGCAUUGAUGCAGUGCGGUUAAUAGCCAUGAUAGGUAAAGCUGCAACUACAGCACGGAUGCACAAGAAGAAUUGCCGGCAGUUUGCACAGCAUUUGAAGUUGAUUGGGAACUUGUUGGAGCAGUUGAAGAUCUCGGAGCUUAAGAGGUAUCCGGAAACGCGGGAACCAUUGGAGCAGCUUGAAGAUGCUUUGAGAAGAAGUUAUCUUUUGGUCAACAGUUGUCAGGAUAGGAGCUAUCUUUACUUGCUUGCAAUGGGGUGGAACAUUGUGUAUCAAUUUAGAAAGGCACAGAAUGAGAUUGAUCGGUACUUGCGGCUUGUUCCUCUCAUUACUCUUGUGGAUAAUUCUCGAGUCCGGGAGAGACUGGAAUAUAUUGAAAGGGAUCAACGUGAGUACACAUUGGAUGACGAGGACAGAAGGGUGCAAGAUGUUAUCCUGAAACCAGAUUGCUCAGGAGAACACACCACGAUGUUGAAAAAGACUCUCUCUUGUUCCUAUCCAAACAUGUGUUUUAAUGAAGCACUACGAAAGGAAAAUGAGAAGCUUCAGCUUGAACUACAAAGAUCGCAAGCACAUUUGGAUGUGAACCAAUGUGAAGUAAUUCAGCAUUUGAUUGAGGUCACAGAAGUUGCUGCUGCAAGUUCUCUUCCGGAGAAGAGUUCAUCAACAAAAAGUUCUAAGAAACUGGAGCCUGCAUAUUCAGAUGCUAGUGAGAACAAACAUUCUUUUGAUGACAGCUAUAGUACAAAAAGUGAUUCUCACAAAACUUCAAGAAACACUUCCUCAGUUUCAUCAAGAGAUGAUCUGCUGUCAAGUAGAGGGUCACAUCAGCAAGAAGAAUGGCAUGCAGAUUUACUCGGUUGCUGUUCAGAGCCAUAUCUGUGUAUAAAGACUUUAUUCUAUCCUUGUGGUACAUUUGCAAAGAUUGCUACUGUGGCAAAGAACAGGCAUAUAUCCUCAGCGGAAGCUUGUAAUGAAUUGAUGGCAUAUUCAAUGAUGUUGUCGUGUUGUUGCUAUACUUGCUGUGUUAGAAGGGAGCUUCGCAAAACAUUGAAUAUCACGGGAGGGUUUAUUGACGAUUUCCUCUCGCAUUUGAUGUGUUGUUGCUGUGCCCUUGUGCAAGAAUGGCGAGAAGUGGAGAUUCGUGGGGUUUAUGGCAUGUCCCGAGAAGACAAAAACAAGCCCGCCUCCGUCUCAGUUCAUGGAAUCUUAAGAGAUAAUCCGAGAGAUUAUUUAGCUGGUGGUUGGAUACUAUAUAGGCAAUGGGCCAUUGCCGCUGCUAUAUGGAACUUGUAUGGGAUCGCGUUGUGCCAUGAGUGUUAUCCAAUAUGUUGAGUCACCUAUAUAUGUAUAGUAGCUUUCAUUCCUUCAAUAUCCACUCGUGAUGUGCCAUAAGCUAUAUAUUUUAAUUGAUAUAUAGUUUUAUUUCUGUUAA